AAGCUAUCUUCUGAAGCAAAACUUUCAGCUCUACCGCUCUCCUCCUCUGGGUGAGUAAACCACCGACCAGAAGAAAAAGAGGGACAAUUGACAGCUGUCCUUCGUCCGGCAAACCUGAUAACCCUCAUGGAUGUGGUCAAGAGAACUCUGCAAAGGAAUGGGAUCACGGGAUUUGUGGCUGUGUUGUUCCUUGAUUUGGGGAUCGUUCUUCCUUGCCCUCCCAUUUGCCAGCUAUGCUCCGUAUCUACGGUUGAGUGCGAGGAUGUCUCUUCAAUCAGUGAUGUCUUAAUCACUUUGCCAAGUUCCACCCAGCAGAUCCUUCUACAGCAAGGAAACCUUAGCGAGAUACCUCCUCUGUCCUUCAGUAAUUUUACCAACCUUUAUUUCUUGUCGAUCACCGGAUUCCUCAUCUCCUCCUUGGCCGACUUCACUUUUUUCACACCUUACGUCAACCCCCUGAAGAUCCUGGAUCUCAGCCACAACCAGCUGCUGAGUUGUACAAUUGAGCCCCUGGCUUUCUCGGGUCUUCUGUAUCUUGAAGAGUUGAUCCUAACCAACAACAGCUUGGACGUUUUGAGGGGGACGUGGUUCAUGGAGAUGCCGAAUCUCAAGAAACUCUGCCUUGCCCUUAACAGAAUCACGUACCUUCCCCCGAGGACCUUUGAGAACUUAAACACGCUGGAUGAGCUGGUGGUCUCCUCCAAUAUGAUCCAAUAUCUCCCCAUGGAUGCUUUUUUUGGCUUGGUUUCCUUGACCAAGCUGGACUUAUCAAUUAAUAAAAUCCUCUUUAUCAACCAGGAAGCCUUUCAACCUUUGCAAGUGCUCCAGGAUCUCCUGUUAUUCCAGAACAGGCUGACCACCUUACCAACUUUCCCCGAUUCCAUCAACUUCCUGCUUCUUCAUAAGAAUCCAUGGCUCUGCAACUGUCAGUUGAUCCAGUCCAUGCAAGUGGUGGAGGCUAAAAUCCAGACACCUACUGGGGUCACUUGCAAAAGUCCCCCCUUUCUUUCAGGACACCAAGUGACCAGCAGCAAGAUUCUGGGGUGUGCUCCAUCACCUUCUAGCUCUUUGUCUUCCCCGCUGUUCUCAGCCAUUGACUUUCCUCCCUCACGAUCAGGAACCUUCAAGCUGAUCUGUGGUCUGCUAGGUGGAUUUUUCCUCGGUUUAACGGUAGGCCUGUUCUGCUGUUAUUGCCUCCCCAAAUGCUGCGGUGGCCGAUCGCCUUUUGCAAUCCACUCAAAGAAUGAAAAGGCUCUCUCUAGCAGCUGGGUCAAACCUUCCACUCAUCAAGAAGGGAAAACGUCCGACAGGGAUCCCCAGAUCCUUUCCGGUCUUCCGGCUGCAGAGAGCUCAGCCAUGGCUUUGGAAGGAGGCCACUUUGCAAGGGGAACCUGCUGCGGGCCGCUGGUCUCUGCUUCUCAAAUUCUCUACGGGGAGCAGCUGAGAUUCCAGAGUCCGCUGGUUGCCUAUUUAUCCGUGGACCCGAUGGGCCGAAGCAUUGUGACCCUCCGUGAGAAAGGACACGAGACAAGAUGUCCAGUCUUUGGCCAGCCCUGCUAUCCAGUCCCCCAGGACGAUACCCACAAAAGGACUGAAGUCUCCAGGGAUGGUGGCACCCAAGAGCAGCACAGUGCCACAUGUAUGCACGGCUUAAGGGGUUCCUGUGUUCCACCUACUGCUAGGGAUCAGAUAGCCAGGAAGCAAUCCGGCUUGGGAGAGCAUGUAGACCACCUCAUGAACGUCCAAAUUUUACACCCAAAGAUUCACGUUAGAGACACCCAGCCUUUGCCAGCUCUGGUCCAUAUAGAUUUCCCCGACGGAUGUGCCGUGAAGAUCGAGCAAAACAGAACCGCUUCUCAUACGUCUCCUUCCAUGAGAAACGAAUCUCAUCAAGGCGGAAGUCCCACCCAGGCUUCUCCCGGUUGCUUGAAGAGAAAGAGGAACAAUUGUGGACAUCCCCGUCACCGAUCCCAAGCUGGCUUCACGUCUCCUGAAAGUGAGCCACCUUCUGAGUUGAGACACUGGCAAGAAAGUUGGACGGGGAGGAAGGCUCCCAGGAGGUCCGACCUUCAUCUGUCCUUUGCAAGCACACCCAAUAAAAGGCAGACAUGGAAACCUUGCCCUUCCCAUCCAACCCAUGAGGUGACCUCCACGCCUUCCCUUUCUAGUGUAUCCAGCCAACCAGAAGCUUGCAGGUUCCACUAUUGGAAGGAACCUUGUCCUGAGGGGGUUCCUCGUCAUCCUGGGAAAAGAGCACGAGCAUUUCAAGAGUUGGAGAAAGCUCAACAAGCUGGAGACACGAUUCUCACCCAUAGGAAGUCUAGGAGCAGGCAAGAAGACUCGAGAUUCCUUACCAGGAAGGAAUCCACCCUGAGCAGGAUCUGGAAAUGCCGAAACUGCGGUUGCGAAGGCUCUGCUCCUUGUCCUGUAAAUCCAAGGAGAUGUGCUCAGCCAGGCGCUGGAUCCAGGAGGACCUUUAUAGAGGCCAGUACUCAAUGGUCCUCUACCGAUGCAGUCCACCUUAAAGAAAAUGAAUUUGCCCUCACUUUUCUGGGUGUUCCACACAAUGUCGCAAAAACCCGGUCAGAAGAACGCUGGUUAGCCGCUUGUUUCCCAGACUUCCAGCCCAGCUCCGUCCAAGCCAUUCAUCCAGGUGAAGUUGAUUCCAUCUACGAGUAUCCUUCUCCGUUGGUGAGCACAACAGCCUUCGACACAGCCUCCGUGUUGGUUGAGGAUACCGUAAUGGUGCCAAUAUUGAAACACCAGGACCUCUCAACAGAUUUCUUGAACAUCCCCCAAACCAAACCUACGGCUGUCAUGGAUCCUUUGUUGGGCCAAUUGCCUCCAGAGAAGAUCGCCUUCAGAAGCUUGAGUGAAGCGCUCCAGCCUCCAGAAGAAAUUCUGUUGGAGACUCUUGCUUUGGGCAGGGAGGAACUUUCAGAGGAAAGUCAAGAGGAACCCAUGACUCCAUCUCCCACUGUCAGUGCCUUCUCUUUCAGAACAGAUACCAGUCCAUCUUUGCAGGAGCUGCCGCUCUCCAUCAUGAGCUGUAGUCAAGUUACCUUCUCAGCCAUCCCAGGAGAUAGCCACCCAAAGACCCCGAGCGUCAUGACCAUCUGCCCGUUGGUUCAAAAGAUGUUUCAGAUUGACUUCCCCCUUCCAGCCGAGGAAGAGGAGGAGAAGGAGGAGGAGGCCAAACCAUUUCAAGGUGGAGAAUGGGAUGGAUAACUCAACCAAACAACGGAACAGG